AUGAAAAGGAGGAAAACACUCACGGCAACAGCGAUACUGCUCGUUCAAGCCAUUACACAACAGUGGGUGUAUCUCUGCUUUAAGAGGACGCAAAAAGUUGUGCAUAUUUUAAAUGAACAUCUGUGUGCUGGACAGAGUAAAGCAGUUACCCCUUGCUUCGUAGCAACGGUAACAUAUGGGAGGGAACGCAAACACGCUCUAAACGAGCACAGAAAUAAAAUUAGGGACGUAAUUAGGCAGUCGGUGAACCUGCCCGUCCAGCUUAUGCCCACCACGUACGCCAGCUUCGACAGGCAGAAACAAAUACAGGACCUCUGGAUCAGCGAACGGGUUUAUGAAAAACGCAACUUCGCCAAUGUGAAGAAGUGCAUACGGGAUGGAAGGAAGAAGGAGAAAAAAUCUACCCAUGAUGGGGAGGGGAAAAACGGGUUCAGCAAAUGUGGACCGCCCCCGGGAAGAGAGGAAGAACCCACUCGGACAGAGGCGGAACCAGAAGCGGAACCAGAAGCAGAACCAAAAGUAGAAGCAGAACCAGAACCAAAAGUAGAAGCAGAAGCAGAACCCCUGAUGAAGAGAAAACAAGUCCUGACAAACUUGAAAUGGACAGAAGUGAUUGGCAGUAUCUCCAACCAGGAGAGGCACCCCCAGGGUAGAUACGGAAGGGAUCAUAAUAAAAUACGAAUCAUUCACGAUGGACCACCCUAUGCAAACAACGACAUUCACAUAGGACACAUACUCAACAAAAUUGUGAAAGACAUAUACCUAAAAUUUUUGUUAAUGAGCAAUUACUGCGUGAUGUUGAUUCAUGGGUUCGAUACACAUGGGCUACCCAUCGAGUACCAGGUGAUGAAAAUGCUUAACAUUAAGAACAUCCAAGAGUUGAGUUUGCCAAACUGUUCAGAAGUGAGUAACGAUCAGUCCCAAGUUUUUAUGCUCGAUCAGGAGAAGACACCGAGGGGGGAAACUAAGGGACAUGUCCUUACCAGGUGGCUCACCAGCAGGGAGAAUUGGCAGCAUCGGGAGAAGCAUGGUCUGCAUCAGAGUCGGUUGAACGACAGACGCCCCACCCUUGUGCGUGACCUGCUGCGCCGUGAAGACGUCCCACUUGUGAGCCUGAGCCAAGCGGAGAAAAAAAUCAUAUACUUCAAAAGUCUGUGCAAGUCGUACGCCGCUCACUUCAUCAAUGAGCAGUUCAUGUCUAUGGUCUCCUACGGCAUAUGGGGUCUGUGGGACUAUACCUACGUCACGUUUUAUGAUCUGUAUGAGGACAUCCAGCGGGCCGUCUUUCGGAGCCUCCUCGAGCACAAGCACAUCUACGUGAGCAACCGACCCAUAUACCACAGCUACGCGACACAGACGGUGUUAUCAGACAGCGAAAUUAUUUACAAAAAGCGGAUCUGCAAUUCGUUUUACUUCUUCUUCGAUAUGCACAGCGUAAGUGACUCCUUAGCUUUGAAAUUGUUGGGAGCCAGUGUGGAGAACGAACAGGUUAGGGAGAUGAUUCAAGUGGGGGGUGACGAAGUGGGAGGUGAAGAAGUGAGAUAUGACGACGUGUACUUAAAAAAAUACUACUCGAAGGAGGACAGAAUUUUGGAGGUGAAAAAAGUAGUGACUCUCAAAGGGAAGGAAUUGGCUAGCUGUACUUAUGUCAACUUCGUUAACCAAGUGCCAAGUCCCUUUGUCCUCGUGUCGAAGAACGAAAUUGAUGAGUCUUUUGGCUCUGGCAUUGUGCACGUGGCUCCUGCACACGGCUUUGCGGACUACAACGUGUAUUACCAGAACAAUGAGCUCCGGAAGGUACACCUCGGCGGGGAACACUACGAGGAAGGUAAGCGGCGGGGGGGGGAGGACAGGGAUGGUCUCGCAAAAGGGGAAAAAAUUGGAAGGAUUGCCCAUAGGGGGGAGGCAGUCCCUAUUGGAGAGGUUGGUCGUAUUGGAGAAGCUGGCCGCAUUGGAGAAGCUGGCCGCAUUGGAGAAGCUGGCCGCAUUGGAGAAGCUGGCCGCAUUGGAGAAGCUGGCCGCAUUGGAGAGGCUGGCCGCAUUGGAGAAGUCACCCCUGUGGAUGAAAACGUGAUCGACCAGAAUGACGACCUGAAGGAGGAAUACGCAAAGGUGGUUCUGGAAAACUGCGAGAGGAACGCGGAGCUGAUAAGGCGGGAUGCACUGUCGGGCAAGGGAGAAGUGAGCCCUCUCCUUCACAACCUAUUGCGUAGUGGCGAUAUGGAAUCCUCCCCCAAAAUGAAAAUCAAAAACAAAAUUAACAUAAACCGGGAGGACAUUCACUUGCUUUUCUACUAUGCCUUCCACGAGCAUGUCCUGUUUCACUUCCCUUAUGAGCACCUGUACACAUAUGAUUGGAGAUCACACACCAGCGUACAAAUAAAGUCGCUUCUCCAAAUCUACGUAGACAUAGAAAAAAUAAAGCAAAACAAGCUGUUUUAUGAGAGCAUUAGGAGGAUUAAUUUUUUAAGUGACCACGUGAGGGAUGCUUUAAUAAAAACGAUUGAGAAUCGAAACGAGUGGUGCAUAAGCAGGCAGAAGCACUGGGGGGUGAAUAUCCCCUUGAGGGAUUUACUCAUAGGUGGAGAGUGUAAGGUGAGCUUCCGUCAACAGGUCAUGGAUGUGUGGUUUGACUCCUCCGUUUCGUACCUCUACGUCCUGUACAUGUGCAGGCACAUCCUCUUUAAUGAGUACUUCAAACGGAUGGCCCCUUCUACCCGGAGGGAGAAAAAACGCACAGUUGCUGUGCUAGGUAAGAGGAGCAGCGGUGACGGCGGUGAUGAUGAUGAUGACGAUGAUGAUGACAAUGAUGAUGAUGAUGACGAUGAUGACUCCCCCUUUUUUAAUAUACACGAUGUGUAUGACCAACUGGGGAGAGCGAAUGACGGGAUAGGGAGAGGAGACCCGCGGUUCGGUAAGGAGAAGAAAGACCUCCUCAAAGAUGUAAUGACGAAGAGGAAAAUAUUCGACCCGGAAGUAAUGUACCAACGGUUGAUGAAGCGACUGAAUAGUGAGAAGAAUCCCUUCAAGGUAGGAAGUACUAGUCAGAUAGUCCAUCCGUAUAGAACGCAGAAACGAAAAGGGGAGUCCUUUUUGCUGAAGGAUAUGGGCAUACACCUGUGUUGCGAGGGGGUGGACCAGCGGUGGUGCUGGGGCAGACUAUGGGUUUGCUGUCACAAUUUUUUUAACAAAAAUAUUUCAAUAAGUGAGCAGAUUUUAGACGACAUAAAUAAGCAUAUUUAUUUGAAGCUGUAUAAUACAUUUAAAUUUUUAUUGAACAAUUUGCACGACUUGGAUUUUUCAAACGUAAAAGUGGAAGGAGAAGAAGAACAGCUACAAAUGAUGGACCAAUAUAUACUGUCAAAAAAGAAUAACUUAAUUCGAUGUUGCUUGAAGUAUUACUCAAAUUUUCAAUUACAGCUAUUUGUAAAACAUGUGCUAAGUUUUGUUAAUCGUGAUUUGGCUAUAUAUCUUGAUUAUUGCAAGGAUAGACUGUACGUACAUGAGAGGGACUCCAUUAGCAGGAGGAAUUGUCAAAAGAUUUUUUAUCACAUCCUGGUUGACAUGCUGAAGGUGCUGGCCCCCGUGGUACCCCACUUGUGUGAGGAUGUGUACGGCACGCUGCUGUCGUUGAAGGGGGGGGGAGCUUGA